AGUGGGGGGGGUGGGGAAUGGGGAAGAGGGGUUUUGGGGUAUUUUGAAAAAUGAAAUGGGGGAAUGAUUGAGGGAAAAAGUGGCAAACAAACAGGUUGAAAGGGAAUGAUUCCCAUUCCCUUUCCUGAAACCAGCGAACCAAACGCACCCUUAAUGAGUGGCAUUGCACUAAUCAACCACUUGUUCAAUUAGGGUUUAUAACAUCGCACGAACUUCUCCAAACCAUUCAUCAAAAAAACCUUCGAUUUCUUCAACAAUGGCGGGUGCUGGAAUUCAUCCUUAUCACCACCACCACCAACACCAACAAUGGCCGCCAACGCCGGCACCUCCACCAGCUCCGGCCGCCGUUGCUCCGCCUCCGCCGCCUAACUCCGUCGUCCCCAUGCCACCACCUUCCCUCGAUAAUCGCCUUUCCGAUGAUCAGGUGAGGACGAUAUUUAUAUCUGGAUUGCCGGAAGAUGUGAAGGAGAGAGAAUUGCAGAAUUUGCUGCGAUGGUUGCCUGGUUAUGAGGCGUCGCAAAUUAAUCCUAAAGGAGAACAUCCUAUGGGUUUUGCUCUUUUCUCUUCGCCUGAGUUUGCUCACGCUGCUAAAGAUGCUCUUCAGGUAAUAUGGUUUUUUGAUGCGGAAUCGAAGGCGGUUUUGCACACAGAGAUGGCAAAGAAGAAUUUGUUUGUGAAGAGAGGCAUUGUAACAGAUGCAAAUGCUUAUGACCAAAGUAAACGUUUACGAACUGGUGGUGACUUUACGCAUACUGGUUAUGCCAGUCCAUCACCAUUUCACCCUCCUCCAGCACCUGUUUGGGGACCACAUGGGUAUAGCUCCCCUCCUCCUCCACCAUACGAUGCGUAUGGAGGAUAUCCUGUACCUCCAGUGCCAAUGCCUGCACCUACUCCUUCUCCUGUACCUGCACCAAGUAGUUAUGUUCCUGUGCAGAACACAAAGGAUAACCCUCCUUGUAAUACUCUAUUCAUUGGUAACCUUGGGGAGAACAUCAAUGAGGAUGAGCUGAGGGGUUUGUUUAGCAUACAACCAGGCUAUAAGCAAAUGAAGGUCCUGAGACAGGAAAGACAUACUGUUUGCUUUAUUGAAUUUGAAGAUUUAAAUAGCGCUUCUCAUGUUCAUCAUAAUCUGCAAGGGGCAGUUAUUCCUAGUUCUGGCUCUGUUGGCAUGCGGAUACAAUAUUCAAAGAAUCCCUUUGGUAAGAGGAAGGAUUCUAAUCACCUGGCUGCUGCCGCCGCCGCCGCUGCCCCUAUGAAUGGCAUGAGUGGACCUGCCCCGCCUAUGAAUUACCAGUAGUCUGAAGGGGAUGUACUCUAUUUUACAUGGUCCAAAUUUGCAACUACAUGAUAGGAUGCAUCAUGCAGCUGUUGCACACAUCCAUUUCAUCAGCAUUAGCAUUUCUUCUUAUGUGAAUGAGUGCGCAUAAUGACAUCAUUAAUGUACCAUUGGGCCAUGUUUUGCCUUGACAUCCAAGCUAUGCAUUGCAAAAGCAUACCUCUAAUUGCCUUGAUGACAUCAUAAAUAUCAUACCGUUAUCUAGUAGGACUUAUGCAUUCCAGCUGUAGUAUUAUGGAUGUGUGUGUUUGAUUUUCAUACUGACCAUGCUGUUGAGUGACAAUUUGACAUAAUAUAGAUGGACUGCGAAGUCACGUAGCUGAAACUUAUACUCUUGUAGUCAUGUUUUUCAUUCAUGGGCAUGAAAUAUUGUAAAGGAAGCAUAGGAGCUCACGUCACUGAUCAUGAUUGCUUCUGCAAUCCAUUGCCAUUAUCAUUGGGUUCAUCUUUCAUUUAUCAUCAACCUAUCAAUCCAUCAUAUCUACUGGUUGAAACAGGAGAUAAGCUAUAUAUUUCAGGGUUUAGGUUCUUCGAAGAAAGCUUUUUUGCUGGAAAAAUUUAAGAAAAUGUGCUCUUGUUAUCAUGCAGGCUUUUCCAAUCAGUGACUAAUGAUAUCAUUGCUUUGUGUAUGAAUGGUCGCUGCAGCUCAUUUUCUGGAAAUCAGCCCCACUAGGUAAGAUCAUUUUGGGGUUUUUUUUGGGAUGAUAUAUCGUCUUUCAAGUUUCCUUAUGCAAAAGCACAUUGAAUAGGAAGUUAAAGCUUUUGUUGGUCUUGCGGGCUUCUAUUAGACUGUUUUUGUUGGGGAAGUUCUUUUGGGUUAGGAUUAAUUGUUGUAGUUUCAACUUUGUAAGCAAACUGUAUAUUAGCUGCGAGAGAGAACUAAAGAAUCAGCUGCUAUUUUUGCUAGAGCUGUACUCUACAACUAUUGUUUGUAUUUUCAUUUUUGUUGAUGGUAAGGUAAGACAAACUCUUAAGAUGUCGGAUGUUGCGCUUGGACUUGGGGUGGUGUGAGUGCAAGCCUCAGCAUGGUGCAUGUGUUCAAAGGCACAAGUACAUAUCAAGUAUUAUAUUGGUCUAUUCACAUUCACAUUCCUGUGAAAUUUCUCUGACGUAUUAAUUUUUCUCAAAACUUAAUACCAAUUCUUUUUUCUGGGCUCUUA